UCGAUUCCUAACGUUACCAACGAUCUAAGCAUUUUGGGCUUGUAUCAGCAUCCGUCUUUAUAUACUAACUCGCCAAAGGAUGUACUUUUUAUACUAAGAAAAGCUCUGCACGCCAGACGAACGUUAUUUUCGAUAGCAACAAAAUUGGGUAGCAUUGCAUGUGUUACAGAUAUAUCGCAAUGGUACAGCGGUUGAUCUUAUAUUUGUGUAAAAAUCAUAUUUUAUAUAAACGGGCUAUUGUACUUUUUUAAUAUUUCGUACACAUCGCAUUGUCAUUCCGAUAAAAAUUAUGACGAAUAAAAAAGUAAUUUGUAAAAAAAAAAACAGAUGAAAGCUACUGAUUCUUAUGACGCCCACUUUCUCCAAGUGCUUAGAGUAUGAGUUUCGUUUGAACUGGCGCGCGAAGUUCAAACAAAGACAAAAUUGUCAGUCAGGGCAUUAUUAGCUGACGACGGUAAUGUCCUUUUCCAAUGGAAACCAAGUCAGAAAGUGACGGAAUGACGACUUAUGAUUGGUCGACGAGUCGUUUUCGUCCAAUAGUCUUGAGGAAAUUGAUUCUAAUAGCAACCUCGUGAGAAAGGACUUGUUGCUAGUCCUUUGGUAGCCAUGCUGCCUAUCACAGGUGCGAAGUAACAGUUAAAUUGUUUAUUUUAAAACGUUACGAUUGACGAUCUUUGCUCGAACGAACUUCGAACAAUAUAUCGUUAGUUCCUCUCUAAACAGCCAGAGUUUUUUCUCGGAUGCUUCAGUGCAAUAAGAUGGAAAUAUCUCCCAGAAAGCCGUCGAAACGUGCACAAGAACCCGUCGACGAAUGGCUGCAGACUAAAGGAUAUUUUAGAAAACAUGCACCUAGAGAUCCAACUUGUUUGUUUAGAGCAGUCAGUGAACAAAUUUACACGACGCAACAUUACCAUCUCAGGGUCAGGAAAGAAUGUGUGGAAUUUAUGAGAGAAUUGAAACAAUCGUUUUUUGAGAAUAUAGUGAUUCCAUUUGAAGAUUACCUAGAACAAAUGGCGUGUUUUACUGAAUGGGGUGGUAUGAACGAAAUUCAAGCUAUGUCGUUGUUGUACAAAAGGGAAUUUGUUAUAUUUAAUGGUCAGAAGCAAAUCCAACGUAAUGUUACUAACAAUGGUUUCAAAGAUGCAAUCUAUUUGUGCCAUACCCCGCAAAAACAGUAUGAAAGUAUAUACACACAAGAUUUUGUUGCAUCGGCUGCCUAUUGCCAAUCUAUUGUUUAUCAAAUACUUUAUAAGGAUGUCUUUAACAUGGCCAACAUAGAAUCAACAGUUCAUAAAAUGUUACAUGAUAGAACUGCUACUUUCAGACAUGACAAAUUUUUUCUUAAAGGCAAUCUAGAACUACGAGAUCAAUUGACUGCAGAAAUAUACAAUAAAGCUGACAAUGGAAAUGAUGAGGUGGAUGAUGCACAGGGCAUUGUAAAAAAUAUACCACCGUUUCCUUAUAGAGUCGCAAAAGCCCUUGACCCUAAUAUUUAUCGUAAUACUGACUUUGAUAUAUGGCAUGAAAUUAGGAGAGAAGUAAAAAAUGCAGGGUGGACAAGACACAACAGUAAUGAAUUACAAGUUGGCGGUAAAUGUUUAGUUCAAAUGAAUUUUAAUGAGGAAGACAUUGACAAAGCUAACAAUAAUAAUAUCUGUGUGUCUUCGCUUGAAAAUGAUGUUAACUGCAAUGACACAAAAGCAUUACAAAAAAAAGACAAACAAGAUCCUAUAUUUCUUUACGGUCAUAUUCAAGAAAUGAGUAAAAAUCAGGGCCCUGUAUUAGUUUUCAUCGAAGAAUUGGGGGAGAAGAAAGUAGUGCCAUAUCUUGCUCUUAAGCCACUACCCUUAAAAAAAAGUAAACAAAACAAUUGGCUACCAGUAUGCAAAAGAAAUGUACUUUUAGAUACAAAUCAGAAAUGGAAAAAGCCAUACAGUGGAACCUCGCGAAAAGUCAAACAGUCAAUUUCAAAUGGAAAUAUUUCACCAGGUAAUAUUGACAAAAAUGGAAAUAAUAACAAUUGCAGUAAUGAAGUUAAUAAAAAUAAUGAUUGGAAAGAAGGAAGUUUAAAAAUAGAACAUACACAAGCAUACGAAAACUAUGGAAUGGAAAAAUAUACAAAUUAUUCUACUUCUACUGAAAUGUUCCCUUCAAGAAUGAAUCUUGAUAAUACUCAGUCUUUAGGAGUGGAUGUUACCAAACCAGAAAACGCUAAAGGACACAAAGAAAAAAAUUCAUUCGGAAAAAAGAAUGCUGAAAAGCAUUCAGUACAAAAUUCUAAACCUGAUAACGUGAUGAACUCUGACAAUAAUACCGGAUUUAACUCGUACUCGAACCAAAGAACGCAAAAUGAAAAUUACUACCCCUCGUAUUCUGGGGAACCUGUUUCUGUGACUCAAGUGGACAAUAUGUUGCGUUCCAUUAAUUGCUCGGUUCAAAAAAGUGUCGAUGUAAACGGUAGCGAUUUACCAUUAUCAGAUCCAUUUACUUUGAGAUUUUUUUAUAACUUAGGAUUAGAAUGUUUUCGCGGGAGCAACAAUUGGAAUUAUUUGACCAAUGAACAGUCGGCCGAUUUUGAGCAAUGGUACCAAGAUAUGCCGCAAAGCGAGGACGAAGUUACGAACAUUUCGAAUGGUGUGAUGCAACAUUGCACAUUGACACAAGGGAAACAAGAAAAUAAUAUCGACCAGAACGAGAACAGCAGUCAAUCGUUCUCUCAAGAAAGCGGGGAGAAAUGCGUGAAUCGUGCCAAAGAUAUGCAAAUUCAAAGGGCGGAACCACCGAAGACGGACAACAGAAAAGAUGUGUCGUAUUCGCCACGUGAGAAAGUGAAAGAUCAAGAAUCAGUUAACAGAGACUCAUCCCGUUUAAAUAGGAAUAGUUUGGGUCCACGAUUUAAGAAAAGUUCAGACGGUCGAUAUCGUACCGCUUCGCAAUUUACGCAAUCAAGUAACCAGUACCCACAUUGUGGUUCAAAUUCGAAAUCUUCAAAAUCGCCAGAGAUGAAGGGUGAUAGCGCAAGUGUUCAACCAUCAAGAGUAGUUCCUUAUCAGGUACACGGUUCUGCAACUGCUGCGGUGAACUCGUAUCAAACGUCUUACAUGCAACAAGGCGUAUAUUCUGGUAUGCCAUAUUAUGCUAAUGAGGCAGAAGCAUUCGCGAAUCCUUAUUAUGCACCGAAUCCAGGAUUCUUCCCAAUACCUUGCCUACCGCAUUCUGAUAUACCCGACAACAGCAAUGUGCAACCAUUCUCGCCACAUCUAUGCCAGGGAAUAGAUUACACACAAGCUUAUUCUGGCAUGUGCCCCCCAUACAUAUGUCCUCAACCAGCCCCAUAUAGUAUACCACCUCAGAACAUGCAAGAACAUUGGUAUGCAGUUGCUGGACAACCGCAUUACAUGCAAUAUGCACCAGUGUUACCAGUUACUGCGGAUGCUGGUUGUAACGGAUUAACACAGAACAUUAAUCAGAAUAAUCAAACCCCAGAAUGUAUGACUAUGCAAGUAUGUUCCAAUCUGUGAAUAUAUUUUACAUAAGGUACAUUAUAUUUUGAUAAGAUCGCGUAAAAAAAGUAUUUCCAUUCUUCGCUCAUAAUCUUCAUUCAGUUAGUUCCUUUUACGUUAAUAUACACAUCGGUAUAUAACAAUAAACCAAGUUAUCAUAAGACUGAAAGUCUUUACUAGCAGUAUUAUCUAAACGACUGAUAUCAGUAGUACUUAAAAAUAUACAUAUGUGUAACACAUAUAUUCAUACGAGUUUCAACGCAAAAUUAUUUUGAUACAUAACAUUAAUUAGAAUAUUAGUAUUCUCGAAAUAAUAAUAUCAUAAAUUAAAAAGCUUGAUAUUCAGCAUUCGAAAGCGUAUUGUAAGUACUUUAAGGGCAAUAGUACAAACCAACAUACUUUAGUAGUUAGGUAGUAAUAGUGAACUAGAUAGAAGCAAUAAGUGAAUUGCCUGUAUAAUCAUAUUCAGUAGAUUGUUCCAUACUGUACAACUUCAUCAUCGCCAAACAUAGGUUAUCCAAAGCUAAAACAAGUCUUUCUGAAAUUUUAUACAGGUGACUUUAGUUCAUGAAUAAUAUAUUUUGCUGUUAUAAUUUUCAUGUAUUGAUUGUUAAGACACUUUUUUGCAAAUAAAA